AUGGCUCCAAGUUUAACCAAAAAUGCUUUGGAAGUAAUAGACUCAGUUGAUGGUGAUCACUCACCACUUUCAAUAACUCUACAAGGAUCGAACUUUCUCGCUAAUGGCCAUCCAAUCCUCACCCAUGUCCCCGCAAACAUAAUAUCCACUCCAUCCCCCUCCGUCUUCUCUCCAAACAAGCCCAAAAACACCGUGGGCUGCUUCGUGGGCUUCGACGUGGACAAUCCCAAGAGCCGCCACGUGGUGCCCAUCGGGAAGCUUGAUGGAAUACGUUUCAUGAGCUUGUUCAGGUUCAAAGUUUGGUGGACAACUCAGUGGGUUGGAAAUAGCGGAAAAGAUGUAGAGAAUGAGACCCAGAUGAUGAUUUUGGACAAGAAUGACUCCGGCCGCCCAUACGUUUUACUACUUCCACUCAUUGAAGGACCCUUCAGGGCUUCACUUCAGCCUGCAGGAGGAGCGCUUAAUGACAACUUUGUUGACAUGUGUGUGGAGAGUGGGUCCACACGUGUGUGUGGGUCUUGCUUCAGGAGUUGUUUGUACAUGCAUGUAGGAGAAGACCCCUUUACCCUCGUUAAGGAGGCAAUGAAGGUGAUUAGGGUUCACUUGGGUACAUUUAAGUUACUUGAGGAGAAAACGGUGCCGGCUAUCGUGGACAAAUUUGGUUGGUGCACUUGGGAUGCAUUUUAUCUUAAGGUGCACCCGCAAGGAGUUUGGGAGGGUGUGAAGGGUUUGGUUGACUGCGGGUGUCCUCCAGGGAUGGUUCUGAUUGAUGACGGAUGGCAGUCCAUUUGUCAUGAUGAGGACCCACUUGAUCAGGAAGGAAUGAAUCGGACGGCUGCAGGUGAGCAAAUGCCUUGUAGGCUCACUAGGUUUGAAGAGAAUUAUAAAUUCAGAGACUACGUGAGUCCGAAGGGGUCAGGCAUGGGUGGGUUUAUUAGGGAUUUGAAAGAGGAGUUUAAGAGUGUGGAGAAUGUGUAUGUUUGGCAUGCCUUGUGUGGUUAUUGGGGUGGGGUUAGACCAAAUGUGGCUGGCUUGGUCGGGUCAACCGUGGUUAGUCCAAAGCUGUCACCAGGGUUGUUGACUACAAUGGAAGAUUUGGCAGUGGAGAGGAUUGUCAAAAAUGGGGUGGGGUUGGUCCCACCAGAGAGUGUCCACGAGAUGUAUGAAGAACUUCACUCUCAUCUUGAAUCGGCUGGGAUUGAUGGUGUCAAGGUUGAUGUGAUUCACUUGCUAGAGAUGCUGUCAGAGGAAUUUGGUGGUCGAGUUGAGCUUGCUAAAGCUUACUACAAGGCAUUGACUGCUUCAGUAAGAAAGCACUUCAAAGGGAAUGGAGUUAUUGCUAGCAUGGAGCAUUGUAACGAUUUUAUGUACCUAGGAACAGAGACUAUCUCACUAGGUCGCGUGGGAGAUGACUUCUGGUGCAGCGAUCCCGCUGGAGAUCCAGACGGUACAUAUUGGUUACAAGGUUGUCACAUGGUGCAUUGUGCCUACAAUAGCUUAUGGAUGGGGAAUUUCAUACACCCAGAUUGGGACAUGUUUCAAUCCACACACCCUUGUGCCUCAUUUCAUGCCGCAUCGAGAGCAAUCUCCGGUGGACCAGUUUAUGUCAGCGACUCUGUUGGACAACACAAUUUCAUAUUGCUCAAGAGUCUGGUUUUGCCAGAUGGGUCCAUCUUGAGAUGCCAAAAUUAUGCUCUCCCAACUAGAGAUCGCUUGUUUGAUGACCCUUUACAUGAUGGGAAAACAAUGCUCAAGAUUUGGAAUCUCAACAAAUAUACAGGGGUGGUUGGGGUGUUCAACUGCCAAGGUGGGGGGUGGUGCCCUGUUUCGAGGAGAAACCAGAGUGCGUACAAGUUCUCGCACUCUGUGGCAUGCUGGACAGGUCCUAAAGACGUGGAAUGGAAUACUGGGAAGAACCCAAUUGUCACAAAAGGAGUGAACGUUUUUGCUUUGUAUUUCUACCAAGAAAAGAAGCUGAGGCUCUUGAAGUUUACAGAGACUUUAGAGGUUUCUCUUGAGCCAUUCAACUAUGAGCUACUCACAGUUUCUCCUGCGACAGUCCUGUUGAGGAGAUUUGUUCAAUUUGCUCCAAUUGGGUUGGUGAACAUGUUGAAUUCUGGUGGAGCAAUCCAGUCUAUUGAGUUUGGAGAUGAUGACAAAUCGGUGAAAGUUGGAGUGAAGGGGCACGGAGAAUUUAGGGUCUUUGCGUCGGAGAAACCAAUAACUUGCAAGCUGGAUGGAAUGGACGUGGGGUUUGAUUAUAGUGAUCAAAUGGUCUCGAUUCAAAUCCCCUGGCCUGCUACUUCAAGGUUGUCUAUGGUUGAAUACUUGUUUUGA